ACCAAUAAAAUGGAUUGUAAGAAUUUUUUAUGGAAACUAUUUAAAAAAAGAUCAGCUAUAUGUUAUAAAUGAAAAUGAAAUAUUAGUAUUGAAAAUUUGUAAAUUCAUUGAGGGGAAAUAACAAGAGCGAGCCAAGAAAGGAAGAGAGAAGCCGUUAAAAAGAGUGAGACCAAUUGAGUCAGCGACCAUAAACCUAUGCUACAGCCAGAGCAACAACAAUGGCAGGUAAGUCUGAGCUUCAGCCUGGGCUACAUGGCCCAGAACUGCCUCUCCAUGAGACACCUCAAGCAAAUCCACGCCCGCUCAAUCGUCACAAACCUACACCACCACGCCAUCGUCUUCGCCAAGCUGUUCCGCUUCGCCGCUGUCUCACCCUCCGGUGACUUAAACUACGCGCACCGCCUGUUCUGUCAUAUGCCCCAACCAACCACUUUCUUGUAUAAUACCCUCAUCCGGGGUUACUCUAAAAGUUCGUCGCCUUCGCAAUCGGUUCUUCUGUUUAACCAGAUGAGGCUAAACAGCCUCAGCCCAGAUGAGUUUACCUUCACAUUUUUGCUGAAAUCGCGGUCAAGAAUGAAAAUUGAUGUGCCUUCGAUAAUGGCGUCCGAUGAGAUUCAUGGGCUCGUGUUAAAGUUUGGGUUUUGCUCACAUUUGUUUGUACAGAACGCAUUGAUUCAUAUAUACGGGGCGAGAGGGAUACCGCUUGCGGCAAGGCGAGUUUUCGAUGAGGCGGUGGCUCCGGAUGUCGUUUCUUGGUCGGGUUUGGUUAGUGCGCAUGUGAGAGCGGGGGAAUUGGACUUUGCACGGCAGGUGUUUGAUGAGAUGCCUGAGAGGGAUGUGGUUUCUUGGACCGCUAUGAUUUCUGCCUAUUCGCAAGCAAAGUAUUCGAGGGAAGCGCUUGAGUUGUUUUGGGAGAUGAAUCGCGCGGGAGUGAGACCCGACGAGGUCACCAUGGUCAGUGUGAUCUCAGCUUGCACGGAUUGGAAAGAUGUGCAAACGGGGAUAUGCAUCCACCAAUAUAUUGAUGAGAAUGGGUUUGCUUGGAUGGUUUCACUUUGCAAUGCGCUAAUUGACAUGUAUGCAAAGUGUGGAUGCAUGGAUCGAGCGUGGCAAGUAUUCAAUAAGAUGAACCAGAAGAGCUUGGUCACUUGGAAUUCGAUGAUUUCAGCUUGUGCAAACCAUGGCAAUGCUGAUGAUGCAUUCGGUUUGUUCGAUAGUAUGAUUAGUGCCGGUUUUCCUCCAGACGGGGUCACGUUUCUAGCACUUUUAGUUGCUUAUACACACAAGGGAUUGGUAGACGAAGGGCUCUGGCUAUUUGAUAGAAUGCAAAAAGACUACAGAAUCGAGGCACAAAUUGAGCAUUACGGGUGUGUGGUAGAUAUGUUAGGCAAGGCAGGGCGGUUGGAGGAAGCAUACAAUUUGAUUAGCAGUAUGCCAGUUCCAGGAAAUGAUGUCGUUUGGGGAACGCUCCUCACAGCGUGCAGAACUUACGGUGAUGCUGAUAUGGGCGAGAGGGUUGUGAAGAGGCUGUUAGAGUUGAAGCCAGAUGAAGGUGGCUACUAUAUUCUCCUUCGUGAUAUUUAUGUUGCUGCUGGAAGGACUGCGGAAGCAAAUGCUAUGAGGCAAACCAUGAUGGUUAACGGUGCUAGUAAGACUCCUGGAUGCAGUUGGGUGGGAGCAUAAGGUUUGUCAUCAAAUGCUGUGUCCGCCCUGGUCGUCCCGCAGUUAACCGAUCCUGUUUUUGAUGUUCCCCUCAGAGAUGAAUCCAAUCAGUCUUCCAAUUAG